AUGGCGAAACUUACUAUCCAGCGGCGAUGGGGAGACUUCCUCAUGACAAACGACGAAACCUUGACCAUUUCGUUCAAUAAAGCACCAAUCAAGCCAAAUCACAACAUGAACGAAGUGAUUCCUUGCGAGGAAGACGGGUUACCUUUGCACUUCUUACUCAGGGAUCUAAGUGGGCAGAAUCAAGACACAGGAACACAAAAGAACCUCUACCUGCAUAUGGGCCAGAAGGAGGCAAUGUACAUAUGGCUUGACUCAUUUACGCCGUACCUCAUGCGUAUCUACGUGGAUGGCGUCAACGUGGUGACAGGUCGGACGACCCAAGAACAAGGCGAACAAGACUACUUCGUCCUGCCAGAUCAAGAGUACGUGAAUGGGUACAAGCCUAACCCUAGGGCACCAUUGAUGCAGUUCUGCUGCCCUCCUCUCGUCCAGGCCGAUGCGACAAGGCGGGAUUACGACAGCCUAGUGGCAGACCACCUCCUUGGUACCGGUGAUCUGGUAGAGGUGGCGGUCCCCGGCAAGCCCCGAAGGAAGCCUCGUUUACUCAAGCCCGAUACUUACCCUGCAUUCGGGUGGGAGCCAAGUCGCACAACCAUCUUCAACGUUCACAUGCUCAACUCCAAGGGUGCUUGUGAGUUAUUCGCCAAUUGCAGACCGGACAGCGUUGAUGAAGAAGAGGAGCGGAUGUAUGGCGUCACUGGGACUGGUUUCAGUGGGUGUCUUGUCCAGUUCGACCCUGAGCCCGCAUCAACCAAACCCUUGAUGCCGUUCCGUACAGCAGCGCAACCUGUCCAUCCGGAGAACCGUGAUACCAUCUCCUGA